GACUGCACUUUCUACGACAACAUGCAUGGAGAGAAUUUCCUGUUCAAACGGAAAAAAACCAUAUUUGCCGCCCUCACUGGACUAGGCUUGCUAGGCCUCGUCGCGGUCUAUAAUUGCGGAAUAAAUAGCCCAACGACAUCAGCGUCUCAACAGGAAUGUUUAUUUUGUGAUUUUGCCAACGGUAAACAAGGGCCGCCGCCAGUUCUGGAGGUUCAAACCGACGAAUAUGUGAUAUUCAAGGAUAAGAGUCCUGCGGCAACGUAUCACUAUCUGGCCAUCCCCAAGCAACACUUUGACAGUUUCAAUGCUUUAAACAAAUCCCACAUUGGACUUGUGCUGCGGAUGGAAUCGGGCAUGGUCGAGCUGCUAAAAUCGAAGAAUGUUGACCCUUCGAAGGCGAUUAUUGGAUUUCACAUCCCGCCAUUCAUCUCAGUGAAGCAUCUGCAUCUACAUGGGAUUUAUCCCCCUUCGGAGAUGAGCAUUUGGAAUCGUAUCAACUUCAUGUCUUCAUUUUGGUUCAAAACGGCCAGGGACGCCAACGAAGCUCUGGAAUUGAGAGAACUGUAACAAUGGUCCGUGUAAAUACCCGAAUGCUGUUUUUUGUGUAGUUGAGUUUUUAUAUUUUUUUUUGUUAAUUUCAGUAUGUAAAUAAUUCAAUUUUUUGUGGUGGUUGUUUAGCAUUAAGUGAAACCAGUUACCUGUGAAUUGGUAUCGUAUCGAAUCAAGAUAUCAGUGAUAAUCGUACUCUUGUCUUGGCCAAAGACAAGAGUAAAACUCAACUCAGACUCAAGCCAUUAAAUUAAACUGUACAAUAUUUGAUGUAGCAAUAUUAUAUUUGGUUUAAUA